ACAGUUUAGCCUCCCUCCACACUACAGAUGUGCAUCGCACACAAUUAACUUGAUUUCAACAAGCAAUGUUGACAAACAUCUAAAUUCCUGUGCAGACACCAAGGCUGUAUAUAGGAGUAGCAUUGCAAAAUGUUCUGCUCUUUGGACUAAAGCAAGUCAAUCAACAUUAGCCUCUGAACAGGUGGAGGAAGUCAGUCGGAGGAAACUAAUGGUACCGACAUCCACAAGGUGGAAUUCCCUGUAUGAGGCCAUUUCUAGAAUCAUCACAAUUCCCUUGAAUGAACUUAAUCCCCUGUGUGUAAAACUGGGAAUCAAGUGCCUUAAUGAAAGGGAGUACCAGUUCUUGAAAGAGUACUGUACUGUGAUGAAGCCCCUGACAGUGGCUCUGGACAUCUUACAAGGGGAUGAGUGCACCUACGGGGCUUUACUGCCAACACUCACAAGCCUGAUGUCAAAGACGCUUGCCCUGAAAGAUGACCUCUCUAGAAUGACAGCCAGCCUUCCAGAUGUCAUUGUAAAGGCCAUCAAGACUCGUUUUGAUGCUGUUCUGGACAGCCAAGAAGGACUUCUCGCAGUGGCCACUUGUCCCAAGUUUAAACUUCGUUGGCUGAGAGAUGAGCGUAGGAGAGAGUAUGUGAAGGAGCUCCUGAUAACAGAGUGUCGUAAAGCUGCUCCUGCAACUGAGAACACUAAUGUGUCCCAAAUCCCAGCCAGCCCAGCCGAAAUGGACUUUUUUGAAUUUCAGAAUCAGCCCACAGAAAGCUUCUCAGCAGAAAAAGAAGUAACUGACUUUUUAAGGUCAGGCUAUGAGCUUGAGAUUCUGAAUCAGUUCCCAAAUCUCAAAAAGAUGUACAUGAAAUACAACAGUCCAACUCCAUCCAGUGCACCAGUGGAACGGCUGUUCAGUUUAGGUGGAUUGGUGCUUUCCCCAAAAAGGAACAGAAUGUCUGAUAGAAGGUUUGAGAAGCUUCU